AUGUCAGAGAAAAACCCCAAACUAAAACAAGAAUGGAUUCGCAGGCUGAGAAAUGUGCGUGCAAAUUUAAUUGUUAAUGACAGUACUAGAGUUUGUUCAGAGCAUUUCCAAGGAGAGUUUAAUGACUCAUCAGUACCUACUAUAUUUCCAUCAAAGCAACCUGCAGUUGUAAAGCAAAGACGACCUGUCGUUAGACAUCUUGCAGAAACUGCAUGCAACACUGAAGAGGAAUUUGUAUUGGACGACUCCACAGACGAAACAAAAGAAAACGUUCCUAUUGUGUCGGGGAAAAGUGAAAGUGCUCAACACCCUUCAAAAUUCAUACAUCAAGGAUGCAACACUGAACAGAGUGAAACUGAGAGUAAAGAAAUCCAAGUUGGAGAACCCUCUCCAGUGAUGCGAGAUGCUUGUAUACAAGUUUCCUUACCAUAUAUCUCACCAGAGGAUCUAAGAUACAACGAUGAGAAAACAGGAUUUUACACUGGUUUUGUAUCUUUUGCUAUGUUCUGGCAUUAUCUGAGCACACUAGUUAAACAUGGUGCACACAAACUUUAUUACUGGGAAGGAGAACAAAGAUGUGCUAACACAACCAUACCAGCUUAUCACCAAACUGAUGGACACAAACCAGGGAGAAAACGUUUCCUCCGACCAGCAGAUGAAUUUCUUUUGGUGUGUAUGAGACUCAGACUCGGUCUAUUGCAAGAACACCUAGCAGAUAUCUUUUGUAUAUCUACCACAACCGUUUCUCUGAUCAUAAACACUUGGACGAAUUUCUUAUAUGACCAUUGCAAAGGACUAAUACCAUGGCCCUCCAGAGAGCAAAUAAUGUGCAAUCUCCCAAGUGGAUUUCGUGAUUACAAGAACUGUCGCAUUGUUAUUGAUUGUACAGAAUUGUAUACAGAGAAACCUUCCUAUCUGAUUGCUCAGUGGUUAACAUGGUCCGAGUACAAGCACUCCAACACUUUCAAGAUUCUUAUUGGUGUUGCACCGAAUGGACUUGUGACUUUUGUAUCUAGGCUAUGGUGUGGUAAUGCUUCUGAUCGUCACAUAGUACAACAAGAUGGCCUUUUAUCAAAGUUGAGCCCAGGAGACAUGAUAAUGGCUGAUAAAGGUUUCACCAUUGAGGAUAUUUUACCAGCUGAUGUUGACCUCAACAUACCACCAAGAAUCCCUGGUAAUAGGCAAAUGACUCCCAGUGAAUUUUUUAAAACUCAAGCAAUAGCAUCAGCUCGUAUUGUAGUUGAAAUGAAAAUGGAACAAGUGAAAAACUACCGUAUCCUUGGUGGCACACUUCCACUAAAUGAGGCACAUCUUGCUGAACAAAUGGUAUUCAUAUGCAUUGCUUGGACCAAUCUCCUCCCUCCUCUAAUGAAAUAA